AUGGCAUUGAAGAUCGCCUCAAAGGUGGAGUUUACAAACAUCAAAUGCAAUUGCCUGGAUGCGAACGUAUGCGAAGUGGAAGACUGCUAUCUAAGGUCAAUCAAUCGAAGCUACAAAUAUGUGACGUUGAAAUUGAACACACUAAAACCUCCCAUUACAAAGCUCUGGGUUAACUUUGCUUUGUACAAGCGAUUUAAUGGCUACAAGCCUUUCCUUUACAACUUGACACUCGAUGCCUGCAGAUUCGUCAAGAAUCCAAAAUCGAAUCCCGUUGCUGCUUACUUCUAUGAUUUCAUAAGUUCUCACUCGAACCUAAACCAUUCGUGCCCCAUUAAUGAUAAAGUUCUCAUGUUGGAUAAGAUGUCUACGGCAUUUGUCAAUCAUCGAAUCACAGCGCUUCUGCCCUUCCCCGAGGGUGACUAUCUGCUGGAAAGCCACUGGGCUAAAGACGACAUCAAGAGCAAGGCUAUUACUUUUCAGUUUUAUGUAACUCUGACUUGA